AUUUAUAAUUAUUUAAAAACUUAAAUUUAAUCAAAAUGGAAACAAAAUUUGGACCAAACCCUACCGAAACUUUGUGUCCUAACUGCGGAGUCACAAUGACAACAAAAGUAUCUUGGAAAAUUCCUACAUCAACGCAUAUUUAUAGCUGCAUCAUUUUGAUUAUUUGCUUUCCAUUAUUUUGGAUUUUCUAUUGCUGUGAUGAUGAUGACAUACAACAUAAAUGCUCGGCAUGCAAUGAAGUUCUUGGAAUCUACUCUAAACCAAUUGUGAAAUAAGUUUUCAGUCUCAGUUGUGCUCUCUUCAUUCUCAGUUGGAAGCUUGUUCAGCAGAUAUUAUUUUUAUUUUUUACCGACACUUCUGGAAUUGCUGGCAAUUUAAUUGCUGUAGGUCAAAGUGAACUUUAAAGUGAAAAAUUCAGUCAAAAAUGGAUAAAAGAAUGUUAAAAAAUUUAGGACCAGAACCGGAGUUGGUUUUAUGUCCUUACUGUGAACAAAAGAUAAUCACCAAAACAUCAAUAAAAUUACUGAAUUCAACAAAAUUAUUUGUGUGCUUAAUGUGCCUUGUUAUCACUCUUGCUCCAUUAGCUUUGGUUGUUUAUAAAGAAAGUGACAGAAUUGUGAAACAUAAAUGCACAUCAUGUAAGAAAACUAUUGGAACUUACCUUUUAACCUAGAAGAUUUUGGAUGUUCGGAUCUUGAUGUUAAGUCUCGAAAGCUAUUAGGGGCCGUUCAUAAAUUACGUUCAACAUAAGAGGGGGAAUCUGGAGUUUUGUGAAGGUUCAAACAAAAAAAAAAUAUUUUUUUAUACAAAAUUCAUGGCAAAUAUCGGGUGGAGAUGUUGAAAAUUCUUGGUUUUUUUGAAGGACGUCAUUCAUUAUCAACCCCAAAGCUAAUCAAUUUUGUUAAGUUUUAAUUAAUUAUUUAAGAAAAAAAAAGUUAUUUAUUGAAUAAAAUCUCUUAAAUUGUAAAAAGUGUGAUGUGACUUGGAUUAUUGCACUCCGCCCAUGCUAUGAUAUAUGAUAUAUGAUGAAAGAUGCUCAAUUUGUGCAACAGGUGUAAUUUUAUGUGACUCUCACGACCUUGUAAACAUCAAUUUCUCUCUCUCUCUCUUCAAAUUAAUACAAUUACAAAAUUUUAUUUAAGUGAAGUUUUGAGAUAAAAU